GCUCCAUCGCUACGAUGGGCGAGCUCCAUCGCUACUCUCUUCUCGCUUUUCGCUUCUUCUUCUUCUUCUUCUUCUUCUUCUUCUUCUUCUUCUUCUUCUUCUUCUUCUCUUCUAAUCGAACCACGCUUUAAGGUCGUCAUAUUUUAUGGUUUGCCGAAGCUACCGCUGCGCUCCCGCCCAGACGCGCAUUGCGUGCUGUCGGGUCCUCGCAGCCAGGCCUAGCGCACCAGCGCCGGCCAUGGUGCGCACCUCCUGUUCUGCCUCGGCCGAGGACGCCUCCCUGCCCGCGCGCCUUGGCCUGCACACCAGCGUCUUUGGCAAGCCAGAGGUGGACAUGAUCAUAUUCCUGGCUCAGAACAACGUGGACCACGGGCUCAUCCUCGACUACCUGCAGGCCAAGGAGAGCAACUCCACCACGCAACUCAACACGGAGAUGGUGCAGCUCCAGGGGGAGCUCAACACGGAGAGGCAGCGCGGCGAGAAGGAAGUGGUGCGCCUGCAAGGGGAGCUCAACCUGGAGAGGGAGCGCGGCGACAAGGAAGUGGUGCGCCUGAAGGGGGAGCUGCAGCUGAUGACAGCCCAGUACCUCCAGCUGAAGGGGAAGCUUGACAUGCGCGGCCUGAUGGAGUACAUUCAAGACACAAUGAGCGUCCGCACCGGGGUGAACUGGGAGAAAACCAACCCGGUCUCCUCGUGGCGUUCGUAUAUCUCCGUACGGCCCCGCCUGAAGCAGUGCCUGGAGGAGCACUACGUGAACACGGAUGAGGCCCCACAAGCGCUGUCGGACAUGUGCACGACUCUGUCGAUUGCAUUCGACAAUUCACGGACCCCGGACGAGUAUUACCAGAUGGGCUUGAAGCUGCACAUCGGCACUCCGCUGAAGGACGGGCAGCAGCGUGCGCUGAUGACGUGCCUUUGCAAGGAUUUGAAUGUCCCGUACGAGUACGUGUAGUACGUCCACCCAGCGCGCUGACGGAUGCCUGCGUACGUGUGCGGCAGCGCAGAUUCGUUGCCACUCCUGCCUGGAGGUCGAGGUUCAUUUCUGGCGGGUGUGUGUUCUGCGGGGGCAGGUAGUGUAAAUGGCGGGAGCCUGGUAGUCGUGGCAUGGUAGUGUAAAUUGGCUUGAAUCCUGUCAGUAAAGGGCGAGGACAGCGGGCUGGCAACCUUGGCCACAAAGCUUGAACUAUUUACCCGCAUUUCACUGGGCGCUGGUGUGCAGUGAGUUAUGCGUGAUACUGAACGUUUGUGGUUUUGAGGCGCUGAUUCAUGCAAAGCUCACGGCACGGGUGCAAGGAGCGUGUGGACAACGGCUGAAGAGAUAGUGUAAGGCGGGGUGGCUUUACCGGAACCAGCAGUGCACAUUCGACGCACAGCUUUGUGUAUACAUAGGGGCGCGCCAUGUUAUUUAGUGUUCAGACUACUUUAUAAGGGUUGCUGGAGCAAGCAUGCCAUAAGCAACAGUGUAUAAGUAUGAAUACAUUUGUAGCGUUUUGUGUGGUUCAAGUUGCCACCUUUUCAGGCCGAGCCCCCCGAGCGAAGCGAACCAGGGGGAGAGCGCAGCGCCGCCCAUGAAGCGGCGCAAGCGCGCAGGCUGAGGAGCCGGCUGGCGGUGUCUAGGUAGCGGUCCGCGAUGGGGCUGGCAGGGCAUGCGUAGCGGCAUGACAAGUAGUGCGGCUGUUGACAACUGUGCUGCGUCUGGCUGCGGUUGGCUCUGCUGUGGCAUCGCGAUUGCUAGAUAGGCACCUGGUUUGGCUAUGUGCCUGUGGAAACCAACCCCGGCUAUGUCCGGGAGAUGAGGUUGUUCGGCCUCAGACUGUGGAGGGCUCAGCCCCUUAUCUCGUGACCGGGGAUCACUUGUCAGGCCAUGCAGAGCUUGCCACUGUCAUGUGUCGAGGAGCCAUGUGUGCUGUGCCAAGGACACGGAAGGCCAAUGCCAGCAGUGAGUGUGCGAUGGGACAGUGGUAAGGCAGGUUGGUGAAGUCCCGUAGGGUGCAGCUGAUUCCCAAACCCCAGCAGAUGGCACACAAUUUGCAACGCACGCGCGCGCACGCGGGUCCAAUGCCGCUGCAUGCCUUCCAGAGAGAGA